GUCAGCGCCGGAAGUUGGCGGCAACACAGCUUCAAGCUGGGUUUUGUUUGGAAUCGCGGAGUGAGAAGUUUCUCUGUGCUGCUUAGGGACUAACAAUGGACACCCAGAAAGAUGUUCAACCACCAAAGCAGCAGCCAAUGAUAUAUAUCUGUGGAGAAUGUCACACAGAAAAUGAAAUAAAAUCCAGGGAUCCGAUCAGAUGCAGAGAGUGUGGAUACAGAAUAAUGUACAAGAAAAGGACUAAAAGAUUGGUGGUUUUUGAUGCCAGAUGAAACCUGUGAAUUCAGAGGAUUGUCUUCAUUUAUACUUGGAUUUGCCCAUUAAUGUUUCUCAUUGUUGUAUAGCUUUUGGUUUGACAUACGGUAAUACCCCCCACUUACCCUUAAGGGAUAUGUUCCAAGACCCCCAGUGGAUGCCUGAAACCUCAGAUAGUGCCAGACCCUACAUAUGCUAUGUUUUUCCUAUAUGUACAUAGCUAUGAUAAAAUUUAAUUUAUAGAUUAGGCACGGUAAGAGAUUAACAACGACUAAUAAAAGUAAAACAAUUAUAACAAUAUUUGUACAUACAGUACAAUACAAUACAUUAUAACAAUAUACUGUAAUAAAAGUUAUGUGAACGUGACUGGUCUCUCUCUCUUAAAAUAUGGUAUUGUACUAUACCCAUCUAUUUGGGGACUGUGAUUGACCAUGAGUAACUGAAACCACAGAAAAUGAAACUAUGGAUAAGGGAGGACUACUGUACUUAGGAAUACAAUUAUAUACAUAUUUUGUUCUUAAAACCAUAUUGUAUUUAGGUAUCAAUAUUUUAUAUAAAGAAAGUUUUUGUUCAAUUA